AUGCUGGUUGAGAUUACCAAUAGUGAUAAUGCUGGGAAGGUAUUUUCUCCCGUGCAAUGUAAAGGCAACAAUCUUUUAAGAAAAAGACAUGUUGACAAGGUCAGGGAAAAUGGAAGGAAUAUCUACAAAUAUUCUGGAAGAGCUGCUGUUGUGGUGACCAGUACGACUCCAAUUAUUUUUUAUUACAAUACGAAGCAGGAGAAGCUGACCAUUCUAUUUUACGUGCAAAGGUACAACAAGGAUGAUUUCUCUCUGGAAGCUACCCUUCAAGCACUAUUAAACAGUAAUCAUGUAGAAUAG